GAGCGCGGUGCGCGCGGGGGCUGGCGGGAUUUGGCGGGCGGCGGCGCGGCCGUUGCCCAUCGCGCCUGGCGGCCCAGCCGCCGCCAUGAGUCCUGCGGCGCUGUCCUCGCAGGAGGCCCUGGAGAUCGCGGGCCGCAUCGUCGACCGGCAGAUUCAGGAUGAUCGCUGCUACCCGGACCUGUCUGAGCUGCUGGCGGUGCCGGCGCCUGGUAGCCCUACUGUUUCUGGUAUGUCAGAUAUGGAUUAUCCUUUGCAAGGAUCAGGAUUGCUGUCAAUACCCAAUCUUCCAGAGAUCAGCUCGGUCCGCAGAGUCCCACUUCCCCCAGAGCUAGUCGAGCAAUUUGGACAUAUGCAGUGCAAUUGUAUGAUGGGAGUAUUUCCAGAAAUCAGCAGAGCUUGGCUGACCAUUGACAGUGACAUCUUCAUGUGGAACUACGAAGACGGGGGAGAUCUGGCUUAUUUUGAUGGUCUUAGUGAAACUAUUCUUGCAGUGGGUCUUGUGAAGCCAAAAGAAGGUAUCUUCCAGCCUCAUGUACGACACUUACUUGUUUUGGCUACUCCUGUGGAUAUUGUGAUUCUAGGGCUCAGUUGUGCUAAUAUAGGUUCUGGAUCACUCAAUGACAGUAUGUCUGGAGGAAUGCAGCUGCUACCAGACCCUCUUUACUCACUCCCUACUGACAACACAUACAUUCUGGCAAUAACAUCUACUGAUAAUGGGCGAAUCUUUUUGGCUGGAAAAGAUGGCUGCUUAUAUGAAGUAGCAUACCAGGCUGAAGCAGGCUGGUUUAGCCAGCGCUGUAGGAAAAUUAACCAUUCAAAGAGCAUGUUGUCUUUCCUUAUUCCUUCAUUGCUACAGUUCACGUUCUCAGAAGAUGAUCCUGUAGUUCAAAUUGCCAUUGACAACUCUCGAAAUAUCUUAUACACCCGCUCAGAAAAAGGAGUGCUGCAAGUUUACGAUUUGGGACAAGAUGGUCAAGGAAUGACGAGAGUUACUUCUCUUUCACAAAAUUCUAUAGUUUCUGCUGCUGGGAGCAUUGCCAGAACAAUAGAUCGUUCUGUUUUUAAGCCUAUUGUUCAAAUAGCAGUGAUUGAAAAUUCUGAAUCCAUAGACUGUCAGCUACUAGCAAUCACACAUGCAGGUGUCCGGCUGUAUUUUAGUACUUCACAAUUUAAGCAUCCAGCAGCUCGUCCCUCCAUGUUAACCUUGGUUCAUGUCCGUUUGCCACCUGGAUUUUCAGCUGCUUCUAAUGUGGAGAAGCCCACAAAGGUUCACAGAGCUCUUUAUAGCAAAGGGGUCCUCUUGAUGGCAGCUUCAGAAAAUGAAGAUAAUGACAUCCUGUGGUGUAUCAAUCAUGAUUCUUUCCCUUUUCAAAAGCCAAUGAUGGAAACACAGAUGACCACCCGUGUUGAUGGGCAUUCCUGGGCUCUUUCUGCUAUUGAUGAGUUUAAAGUUCAGAAGAUUGUAACACCACUAAAUAAAGACAUUAUUCCAAUAACUGAUUCACCUGUUGUUGUGCAACAACACAUGCUGCCACCUAAAAAGUUUGUUCUGCUUUCAGCCCAGGGGAGCUUUAUGUUUCAUAAACUGAGACCUGUUGAUCAGCUGCGGCAUCUGCUUGUUAGCAAUGUAGGUGGAGAUGGAGAAGAGAUUGAAAGAUUUUUCAAGUUGCAUCAGGAGGAUCAGGCCUGUGCCACUUGCCUUAUCUUGGCCUGUUCUAACGCUGCAUGUGAUAGAGAAGUGUCUACCUGGGCUACUCGAGCAUUCUUCAGGUAUGGGGGAGAAGCACAAAUGAGAUUUCCAUCAGCUCUGCCUACUCCAGCCAAUGUUGGGCCUACUUUGUGUUCUCCUGUUCCUGCCAUGACAGGUCCAAGUGGAAGAUGUCACCAUUCUGCUACUCCUUACUCCGUUUGCUCAAAGGUUCCCCCCUUGACUGUUGAUCCUUCGUAUCCUAAGCUUGAUACUCCAUAUACUAGCUUUUUGACAACACCAGGGCAAGGUUUCCAGCCUCCUGCUGCAUCAACUCCCUUUCCUUCUGGGAAUUCUCUGUCUCACCCUGGUACAUCUGUUAGUGGAAUGAUGGGUCCCGAGAUAGUAUUUUCUGGAAGACAUAAUGGCAUCUGCAUAUACUUUGCUCGGAUUAUAGGGAAUAUUUGGGAUGGCAGUAUAGUUGUGGAGAGAGUUUUCAAAAGUGGCAAUCGAGAAGUUGUUGCGGUGGAAAGCAGUGUUCCUUCCCACGUGCUGGAAUGUGUACUACAGGAACUGAAAGGUUUACAAGAAUUCCUGGACAGAAAUUCACAGUUUGCUGUCCUAGGAGCCCUUGGAAACCCAAGUUUCAGCACACCAAUGAAUCUGCAACAGAGGUUUCUGGGUUUCGUGUGGCCUGAUGGUGGAAGUUCUCAGCAAGUCCAGCAAGAACUCCAGAGGAAAUAUCAUGCUGAGGCACAGCUAACUGAGAAGACCUCACUUCAAGGCAUCCAUCAGCUUGUUCGCAAAACAUGCCAGGCAUUGGCUUUAUGGAAGCUGCUGUGUGAACACCAAUUCAGUGUUGUUGUAGGUGAGCUUCAGAAGGAAUUUCAAGAACAUCUAAAGGUUACUGCUUUCAAAGACUUGGUAAUUAGAGACAGAGAAUUGACUGGAGCGCUCAUUGCUUCUCUCAUAAACUGUUACAUCAGAGAUAAUGCUGCUGUGGAUGGCAUCAUUGCCCAUUUGCAAGAUAUCUGUCCUCUUCUUUAUAGCACUGACGAUGCUGUGUGUUCCAAGGCAAAUGAACUGCUUCAGCGGUCUCGACAGGCUCAAAGCAAACUGGAAAAAGAGAAGAUGCUAAGGGAGUCACUGAAAGAGUACCAGAAGAUCAGCAAUCAAGUAGACCUUGCUAAUGUUUGUGCGCAAUAUAGGCAAGUGCGUUUCUAUGAGGGAGUAGUAGAGCUCUCUCUUACAGCUGCUGAGAAGAAAGAUCCCCAAGGUCUUGGCCUUCAUUUCUAUAAAAACGGUGAACCAGAAGAGGAUGUUGUUGGACUUCAAGCUUUUCAAGAAAGAUUGAACAGCUACAAGUGUAUCACUGACACCCUUCAAGAGUUAGUGAAUCAAAGUAAAGCUGCUCCUCAGUCUCCCAGUGUACCCAAAAAGCCAGGUCCUCCAGUGCUGUCAUCUGACCCCAACAUGCUAAGCAAUGAAGAAGCCGGGCACCAUUUUGAACAAAUGCUAAAGCUGGCUCAGCGUUCAACAGAUGAACUCUUCAGUAUUGCACUUUACAACUGGUUGAUACAAGUUGACUUGGCAGACAAACUAUUACAGGUUACUGCCCCCUUUUUGGAACCCUACCUUGUGCGAAUGACCAAGAUUGACCAAAACAAAGUCCGUUAUAUGGAUUUACUGUGGAGAUACUUUGAAAAGAAUAGGAAUUUUAGUAAUGCAGCCAGAAUCUUGGCUAAGUUGGCUGACCUGCAUAGCACAGAAAUUUCUCUUCAGCAGCGCCUUGAAUACAUUGCACGUGCCAUUUUAAGUGCCAAAAGUUCCACUGCUGUAUCCUCUAUAGCUGCAGAUGGAGAAUUCCUGCAUGAACUAGAAGAGAAAAUGGAAGUUGCAAGGAUCCAGCUUCAAAUACAAGAAACAUUACAACGACAGUAUUCCCAUCACUCUUCAGUGCAGGAUGCAAUCUCCCAGCUUGAUGCUGAGUUGAUGGAUAUAACCAAGCUGUAUGGAGAAUUUGCUGACCCUUUUAAGCUCUCGGAGUGUAAGCUUGCAAUUAUACAUUGUGCAGGUCAUUCUGAUCCCAUCUUGGUGCAAACUCUCUGGCAAGAGAUUAUUGAGAAAGAGUUGAACGAUAGUGUGUCUCUGAGCCCAACUGACAGAAUGCAAGCACUUAGUCUGAAGAUGGUGUUACUUGGCAAGAUCUAUGCUGGCACACCCCGUUACUUUCCUUUAGACUUUAUAGUGCAGUUUCUAGAGCAACAGGUCUGCACUUUGAACUGGGAUGUAGGUUUUGUAACACGUACCAUGCAAGAAAUUGGAGUGCCAUUGCCAAGACUGCUUGAAGUGUAUGACCAGUUGUUUAAAGCACGGGACCCUUACUGGAAUAGAAUGAAAAAGCCUUUACACCUCUUAGAGUGUAUUCAUAUAUUAUUGUCAGGAUAUGUACAAGAUCCAAGCAAAGUUCUUCUGAGGCGACCAUUCACAAAUGUUUGCUUGGAUGCCGUUAGUUGCUACCUGGUUGAACUUCAGUCUAUGAGCCCGACUUUAACGGUGCAGACAACUAUUGGGAAUUUUAAAUCACUACAGGCUAAAUUAGAACGGCUUCACUGAUUGACUAAUACAAUAAAAGAGUCAUUAGCUCAUAUUAAAUGACUAUGAUAUACAAGUUCAGAUGUCUGCACUGAGUCUCUGGAAGAACAAAUCAUCAGAGGGAAAUUCUGAGAAAGUUAUAUCUCCUGCUGCAUUUAUUAAUUGUGUGGCCUGUAUUCAUGCUAUUCUAAACGUAUCUACAAAUUGUAGAAUGUACAUGUGACAAAUGGAGUUUCUACCAAAUUUUUUAACAAUAGGAGGGGUUUUUUAUACUGUUGAAAUAAAGUGCUUUGUGUGAUCAUUCCCUUGAAGAUUAAAAAUAUUUGGAAAAUAUUUUAUUUUUCUUUACUUAAAAUAUUAGAGAAGACUAGGAAGUAAAAUCUACUUGAUAGCUGUUUGAAACAAGAAAGGACAACUGCAGAAGGCAAGAUGAUAACAAAAGCACAUUAUCAUGAGUCAGGUUCUCAGAGUAGUCUUACCCGGCAGUAGUGAUGCAGUCAUAACGCUCUGCAUGAGUUUAUUGACAGGUCUUUCAGCAAUGAAGUUGGUCAUAAUUUCCUAGCAGUCGCUUUAAACACAGCCUUCCUCUUUAAAACAGUUUGAGAUGAAACUGCAGUAACUAGCAAUGUAACUUGUGUUGCAAGUGAUAAAACGGUAUUAAAACCCCUUCAAAUUGUUUU